AUGCGUCCUGCGGGUGUGGGCCUGAGGGCCACCAUGCUUUGUCUGCUGGCCUGGGCUGGCCUGCCCACUGCUGACCGGGUCUAUAUACACCCCUUCCACCUCCUUGUCUACAGCAAGAGCACCUGCGAACAGCUGGAGAAGCCCAAUGGGGAGACGCCCAAAGACCAAACCCUCACGCCUCUCCCCAUUCAGAACGAGGUGCCCCCAGUAGACGAAGAGAGCCUGCGGGAGAAGCUAGUGCUGGCUGCCCAGAAGCUCCGGGGUGAAGACAAGAUGCGGGUGACCAUGGUGGGGAUGCUCCUCAAUUUCAUGGGCUUCCGCAUGUACAAGAUGCUGACCGAGACACAGACCGACGACAGCGUGGCCAUCCUCUCCCCAACAGCUCUCUUUGGCACCCUGACCUCCUUCUACCUGGGAGCUUUGGGCACCACGGCCAGCAGGCUGCAGACUUUCCUGGGCGUCCCCGGGGAGGAUCUCAGCUGCACCUCCCAGCUGGAUGGUCACAAGGUCCUCUCGACCCUGCAGGCCAUUCAGGGCCUUCUGGUCUUGCAGGACAGGGCUGGCCACCCGGCCAGGCUGCGCCUGUCCACCGUGGUGGGCCUGUUCACCAACGAUGGCCUGCGCCUGAAGAGGCCUUUCGUGCAGGGCCUGGCUCCCUUCGCCCCCGUCACCCUCCCGCGCUCUCUCGACCUGUCCAGGGACCCAAACCUCGCUUGUGAGCUGAUCAACAGGUUCAUGCAGGCCGCCACCGGGUGGAAUAUGGGCAGGCCCCUGAGGGAAGGCAGCCCCGACAGCUCCCUGCUCUUCAACGCUUACAUCCACUUCCAAGGCCAGAUGAAGGGGUUCUCCCUGCUGCCCAGCCUCCAGGAGUUCUGGGUGGACAAUACCACCUCCGUCUCCGUCCCCAUGCUCUCGGGAAUGGGCACCUUCCAGCACUGGAGGGACACCCGGAACAACCUCUCCAUGACCCAGGUGCCCCUCAGCAAGAACGUCGGCCUGCUGCUGAUCCAGCCCCACCUCGCCUCAGCCCUGGAGGAGGUUGAGGCCCUCACCUUCCAGCGCGACUUCAUGACCUGGACUAAGAACCUGUCUCCCCGGGCCAUCCACCUGACCAUGCCCCAGCUGGUGCUGCGAGGGUCCUACGAUCUGCAGGAACUGCUCGCCCAGGCCAAGCUGCCCACCCUGCUGGGCCCCGAGGCAAACCUGUACAAAAUCAGCAGUGACAAACUCAGAGUCGGACAGGUGAUGAACAGCAUCCUGUUCGAACUCAAAGCAGACCAGGGAGAGCAGCCCGCAGGGUCUGCCCAGCAGCCGGCAGGCCCCGGGGCCCUGGAGGUGACCCUGAACCGCCCGUUCCUGUUUGCCGUCUAUGACCAAGACUCCACUGCCCUCCACUUCCUGGGCCGUGUGGCCAACCCACUGAGGGUGGUGUGA